GUGCCUUGAAGAGGAGCCUCCACGAGGGCAUCCCUCUCAGAGGAACGGCCUCUUGUCUUUGAACUUUUUGGCUAUACCGCGCCUUUUUGGUUUAAGGAUACAAUCAAGAUGGGUGCCUACAAGUACCUCGAGGAGCUCUACAAGAAGAAGCAGUCCGACGUGCUGCGCUUCAUCCUGCGUGUCCGCUGCUGGGAGCUCCGCCAGCUCAACACCAUCCACCGUGCCUCUCGCCCCUCUCGCCCCGAGAAGGCCCGCCGCCUCGGCUACAAGGCCAAGCAGGGUUACGUCAUCUACCGCGUUCGCGUUCGCCGCGGUGGCCGCAAGCGCCCUGUGACCAAGGGUCAGACCAUGGGUAAGCCCGUCACCCAUGGUGUCAACCAGCUCAAGAACUCCCGCAACCACCGCGCCAUCGCUGAGCAGCGCGUCGGCAAGGUCUGCGGCAACCUGCGUGUCCUCAACUCCUACUGGAUCAACCAGGACGCCAUGUUCAAGUUCUUCGAGGUCAUCCUGGUCGACCCCUCCCACAAGGCCAUCAAGAUCGACCCCCGCAUCAACUGGAUUGCUGGUGUCAACCACAAGCACCGUGAGUGCCGUGGCCUGACCGCCGCCGGCCGCAGCAGCCGUGGCCUCGGCUCCGAGAAGACCAUUGGUGGCUCCACCUACGCUUCCUGGAAGCGCCGCAACGCCAAGGUCUUCCACCGCUACCGCUAAUCGUUUGCGGGCCUUGGCGCAGCCUUUGCGCUCGCCGUCCUGUGUAUGCGUGUGUGUGUGUGUGCGUGUGUGUCCGUGCGUGCGCGCCCGGGUCCUGCUGUGUGCAUUUGGGCAUUUGUGUGCACGCGUGUGGCCAAAAGCUGUCUCUCCCUCUCUGCGCCUCUCUCCCCCCGACGAGAGUCGGUCCGGCAUGUUGUGCAGGGGCAGAGGCAGCUGCCUCACGCGGAGUCCCUCUCCGUCUUCUUCCCGUGGGCGCAUUGGUGCUGCCCCUACAGUGUCCAGUUUCCUGCUUCUGCGCGCGCUCGCACGCGCGCCCUCUCCUCCGCUCCAGGGUGUCUGCCUGGAUGUAUGUGUGUGUGUGGUUGUCCUUUCCUCCCCUCUCAAUACACCAACCUUAUUC